CACUGAUCAGUCAGUCGGGAGUUGUGCAGCCGGUAGAUCGUUGCUCCAGGAUUUUUAGGCGGAUUUGGUAGAAAGUUCUGCCAAAGUGUUUUAAUAUAUCCAAAAACCGUUUGGUAACGGCAUUUUUUUUUUAGCAAACUAUCGGCAGGUACGAGAGUUUCGAUUAGGUUUGUGCUCAUAGAAUUGCACAAGGUAGCGGUGAGAAAGAGAGGAAAUCCAAGAGACCGAAUCAGCAAGAUGCCACAAGAAACGAAGACGGUGGCGGCAGCCAAAGAUCAAAACCAACGAGACCAUAUCGACGAGGAAGAAGUCAUCGAACUCCACAAGUCACGCAGCUUCUACGACCGGGUUCGCGAGCAGGCCGAGAGAUUUGCCAGCACGCAAAUUGGCCAAUUCGUGAUCGAAAGGGCCGAUAAAGCCCUGGCCAUGAUCGAGGAUACUGCCAAGUGGAGUCUUCCGCAAGAAAAGUCUGCCGUUCCCUUGGAACGCCCCUUGCCCUGGGCUGCAUUCCUGAUGCUCAUCGUCCUGCUGCGGCUCACACGCAUUUGGUUGUCGGUUGGAGCCCUGAUGAUCGGCAAUGGUCCGAUAUCACCCACGGACAUGGUCUACUUCAUACAGACCAGACGCCGCAAGCUGCGGGCCAUUCGAGUUCAUGGCCUUAAGGUGAUGAGGCGGCGCCAGCAGGAGGUGUCCUAUGGCAGUGGCAAGGGUCUGACUCAGAAGCUCAAUCAGUGGUUCUCCCGAGCCAUGUGCCGUCCAGGAGUUCAGCAGGAUAGCAGCAGUCGCCGGGUGUUUGUCCGCCAUUCGGAGCAGGGACUAAGCAAUUCGGUGGCCAAGCGUCCUCGGGAGGAGGACUGCAAUGCCGAUGCCGAUGCCAACCUGACCAUCGACCAGAUGCUGGCCAAGUAUGCCAACGAGAACUCCGAGGAUGACUCCGACUUUGUGCCCAACGAGGAGGAGGAAGAGAGCAGCAGCAGUAGCAGCAGCGGGGGUAGCGAUUCCGAAUCCGGCUCCAGCGAAGGAAUAAGCAGCGGCGAUGUGGAGGAGGUUGUCAGCCAGGCAAAGCAGAAAUCAGCUGGAGCGGUGGUGGAAAACGGAGUGCACAAGGCCGAGGAGAAGGAAAAUGAUAAGGGAAAACUGAACGUAACGACAACCAGCAAUGGCAACAACGACAAGGAGCAGGCGGAAGUUGCCACUGCUGCCCCCCAGCCGGAUGAGGAGUGGAAAUCUUCGCCAGGACACAUGAGCGCCGCCGUGAUGAGCACCCGACUGUACAACAAUACCGCCGCUGCAGCCACCACUGAUCCUGAUCCCCAACCAGAGCCUAAUUCUCAGCCCGAACCUGAAUACGAAUCCGAAAUCCCAUCCGAACCUCCAUCCCACACCCAACAACCCUCAACCGAUGACGAUGCCGAGGAUAGUUGCAGCACCAGUGGCAGUAGUCAAACCGGGAUCACUGUCUACCGGGCCGAUGAAGCCCAGCCAGAUACCCAGACUGCACAGAUACUCGAGGUUGCCGCCACGAUAAUUGAUUCACAUCUAUCCAACUAUCCCACUGUUGACACCCUAACUCCUGCCACCUCCUCCGAAGAUAUAUUCUAUAGCCCUAUCGGUUCACCCACUUGCUUCAAUACUAGCCUAGGAAACCAGGCGCUCCACAAGCGGGCCAGCAUUCAAUCCGUCCUGGCCCACUCCACGCCCACGACGGAGGUGAGAGAUCAACCCACUGAAGAGGCAAACUCCUCGGUGUCCCAAACACCUGAGACCGAGAAAACUCAACCGCAAAUUCCCAAGGAAGUCCAUAAUCAGAAUCAGCAGCAAAAUCAACAGCAGCGUCAACGCAAUCAUCCCCACCAACGCUAUCGUGGACGCAAUCGGCGCUAGUCCUUGGAGGGAUAUCCUUGUCAUAUCGUUCGAUUUUCCUCCUAGCCAGUUAGCCGUUCUUCUAUUUUUUUUACAUUCCCAUAUUGUUAGUGAAUACUGCGAGUAAAUCUCUGAACUUAA